AUGUUUCUCUCUGUUCAUGACAACUAUAUUAUUCGACCCACAUCUAUCGAGAUGUUUAUUCACUUUUUUUUUCUUUCGAAACUGUUUUGCUCUCGUUUUUCGUUCUUCAAUUCCAUUGUUCCAUUAUGUUCUCUUUCUUCAUCUUGGCGAUUUUCUCUUUCGUGUUAUCCUGUUCCUGAUUGUUUUUUUUUUUCUUAUAUUUCGCUUUUUGGGUUUUUUGAUACGUCCGUUUUCUCAGAAUACUUUCAUUCUGUUUAUUUCCAACCUUUUUAUAUAUGCACCUUUUUAUUUAUAUUCUUCUUCUUUACACAAAUUCCUCUUUCUUUCAUUUUUCAAUUUAAAUCAACUUUCAAAUUUUCUUCUUUCUUACUUAUUUUCCUUCAUUUUUCAAACCUAUUCCUGUACUUCUUUCUUGUCUUCUCUCUUUCUUUCAGUCACCCAUUCCCCCACCUCUCCCUCUCUCUCUCAUUCUGUCUCGGCAACUUUUUUUCCCCUUUUUUUCUCAUAGCAAAUCGAUUGUUGAUUCUUUCUUUCUUUUUUCUCUUCUGCAUCUUUCUCUUUUUUUUAUCAUUUCCUCCUGAAUUUCAUUUCUUCCUUCAGUUUGUUUUUUGUUUAAUUUCUUCUAAUCCUCUUUUCUUCCUAACUUUCUUCCUUUUUUUUCCUUUCCUUUUUUUUCUUUCCAGCUUGCAUUCUCGAACUUCAUUCUUUGUUUCUAGCUCGGCAUCCCUGUGUUUUUUCUGUCAUUUUUUUCUUUCUUUCUUUCAUCUUUCUUUUUUUUUUUGGCAUUCUUUCUUGUUCUACUUCUCAGUUGCUUUUAUGUUAUUCAUGUUCUCUUUUUUUAGUUUGCCUUCUCGAUCUUCUUCCUUUUCCUUUCUUUCUUUCUUUCUUUCUUUCUUUCUUUCUUUCUUUCUUUUCUUUCUUUCUUUAUUCUUCGUUUCUACCUCAAUUUCUCAGUGUUUUUAUGUCAUUCUAGUUCUUUUCCCGAGUUUGCCUUCUCGAUCUUUCUUUUAUCUUUUUCUUUCAUUCUUUCUUUCUUUCUUUCUUUCUUUCUUUCUUUCUUUCUUUCUUCAGUAUUCUCCUACCUUUUGCCUUUUUUUUUCCAGAAUUUCUUUUCUUUCUGCCUCUUUCUUAUUUUCCUUUCCAUUUCUCUCGUUUUUUUUUUCCCAGCAUUUUCCUUCUCCUCUAUCUGUUCAUAUCUAUCUAUUAUCUAUCUAUCUAUCUAUCUAUCUAUCUGCCUGA